GGAAUUUCACCAAUUCCUCAGAUGCAUUGAAUUUAGAGAACUGACUUGGCUGAACAGCCAGUGUGAGGUCAGCUUCAUGUGUGAGUCAGUACAGCUGCUUGUUGCUGAACUGUUCUGCCGUGUCAGCAGCCCAGGACAUUCACAUGAUUUUUCUCAUUAAGGCAGAUGCUUUUUAUUAUGGCUUUUAAAAUAUUCAGGGUGGGAAGAGUAGGGGUGAGUAGGAACCACCUCCUCACUGAAGUCCCUGUCAGUUGGACAGGCUGCUUUAACGUGUGCCUUUUCCUGAGAUGAGAAGGGUCUGAGGAAAGAGCUGCUUUCUGUUGAGCUCUGCCCUUCUCCCGUGAGCCCAACCUGCCAUCAUUCCUAGCCACUCCCUGCCGGAGGCAGUGCCACUGUCUUGCUUUGGUGAGACCCAUCACACCUGUCUAUUCCAGCUGUUGAGCUGCAACUAGAGGAGCUCGAGGCUGAGUUUUUUCUGCAAGACUUGACAUUGUGCCUACACAUGUAUCCCCACCAAAGAAAAAUGUUCAAAGCGGUAAGAGUCAUUCCUGUGCUGUAGCUGAUGCUAGUCUGAAAAAUGACAUUUCUAGCUGAAGUUGUGACCUUAGCACAGGACUGGAGAUGAGCACAAGUAGUCACUACAGCUUGGUGUUUGACCAAAUAUUUUUACUCAGUUCGGUAAAAAAGAAGAAUGCUUAUUCAAGAACCCACCAGCUAAUGAAGGAGUUAAAAGAAGCACUGGAGUAUGUACGCAGUCACCUUUUUUCAAAGGUUCAGUGCUGAGCUGAUCUUCUUUACCUUAAAAUAUUUGGUAGAAGGAAGAAAUGAUGGAAAAAGGGAAUGCAAGUGUGUGUCACACCUAGUUGAUUUGUGUCUUUGGGUGAAAAUAAAGUGGUUCCACACCGCGGCCGACGGCGGGGAAGGCGCCGGCGGGGUCACGGGCAGCAAGUUCCGGGCGGACUGGGCAUUCCGGCAGCGAGACUUCGAGAAAGCCCUGUGUGAAUACUCAGACUGCCUGCUACUCUUACCUGCCAGCAACAUUGCAAUGAGACGCGAUGUCCAGGAGGGCCAGGCUCGGUGUUUAUCUCGCCUAGGAAGGCACAAGGAGGCUCUGGAUAUUGCAGAAAAAAUGAGAAACAGCGCAACUAACACAGAUCACUUAACAACGGUUCUCAACCUGCAGUUUUCCAUUUACCAGGGUCUGGAAAACGUAGAAAAAAAGAUCAUGUGUCUUCAGCAACUUAUCUGCUUACAUCCUUUCAGUCCCUGGUUCUGGAAGUUACUUGCUGAAGCUUAUAUGAGCCUUUUACAGAAUUUGUCUCCAUUAGUCAUUCCAGAAGCAAAUGUAAAUCAGUCUGAAGAGGUUUGUGUAAGAAAUAGCAGUUUCAGAACAUCACCUGGCAGAGAGAAUAAUUUGCAGCCUCACAGAUCAGAUGGCCAGAAAGAAGGCCCUUGGUUCAACCUUAUUGCAGAAACAAAGUGGGAGAAUGCAGUGAUUUGUUCCAGCAGCCAAGUGGUGAGAGAAUUCCUCUGCACUUCAGGAGAACUGGAAAGGACGGACAAAGAGGAACGCGCAGAUUCCAAGUCCUGGAAGCAGAACAUGUCAAAGAAAGUUGGGAUAAAAGCAUGUGCCUCGUUCAUUAGAGCAAGGCUUUUACUUCAGCUUACCCAGUCACAGCAGUCGUCCUUUGUGCUAGAGAAUAACAGAAAAAGUCAAAAAGAAAUUGAUGACAAAGUGGCUCAACUUGGUUUCGAUGAAAAUUCCUUGCAGCUGAUGACCAAAGCUAUGGGACAGGAUCUUAUACCAGAAAAACUAAAAGAGGAGUUUCAGGGUGAGGUAAAAUGCAUAGGCUCUUCAGCAUUGUCAUCACUGGUAACUGCUUCAGUCACGGAAUUUGAAAUCAAAUGGUUUGGUAAUCUCCAAGAUGAUUUAUGUCACUUUGGCACACAACGUUAUUCAGAUAUUUAUCUCCCACCUUCAGUAAUGUAGAGGUUUUGUUGUAUUUAUUCUUUUAUCUCCAAAUGAUUAUGGCAUGAUACAUGCAAUAAAGUUCAUAUUACAUUUUUUAAGAAUUCUUACUGUAUUUCUUUUAAGAAUAGAUAUAAAUCUCUGUAUUUAAACUCUUCA